AUGCUGGCCACCAUCGCUUUCUUGCAUGGCAAAAAGUGGUCUUCCAUGAACAUCAAGCGUGUUUACUUUGGUAACUUCCUUCGCGACUACUCCCAGGCAUUGGACAUUGGUACUCUGAAAUCCGUCAAUGCGGAGACGAUUCGUAUCCUGGUCUGGGUUCUUUCAUUCAUGGCAUUUGGCUAUGCCACAGAGGAGUUUGAGGUCACAAGUGAGAGGCUUGGAGUAUACCGUGCUGAAGAGCACAUUGACAAUCCCCUUGGAUAUGGAGAGGGAGUGGACGCCCGAACAUUCGAUCCCCGCCUCCGUGGGCCUGUGAUGAAGGCCGAGACUGAAAUUGACAUGCGUACCGGAAUGAAGAACUACAUUGCCAACGAGACUGGACAGUGGCCCACCAGCUCUGGUUAUAUUCGGUACAGUUUUGCCCGAAGUAUUCACUAUGGGCGUCUCUAUACGAGCGGUUCGCAAAGACAUGGUAACGAGGACGACCUGUGUGAAGCCCUGCGAUGUCUCGGACAGGCACUGCAUUGUCUGGAGGACUUUGGUGCCCACAGCAAUUACUGCGAGCUCGCAUUGCGAGAGCUAGGAUACCGCAAUGUUUUCCCCCAUUGUGGAACUGCUGCUGAGAUCAACGUCCGUGGCAAGAGAGUUUAUCCUCUUGUCACUGGCACCUUUGGAGCUGUGGACUUCCUUCACAGUGUGAUCGGCGAAGCAACCGAUCAUUUUACCCAGUCUGAGGUCGAAGAGGUCGAUAUUGCGCUCAAGAAUGCUGAGAACAAUACUAGCGGCAAGCGAGGAGAGGAAAGUUCACGAGGUCUGUUUGGGCUUGGAGGCUCAGGAGGUGGUGAUUUCAUCUCUCUGGUUGGCAAGCUUCCUGGUGUCGGCGAUGGUUUCGCCGCUCAGGCGAGAGAUCUCAAGGCUCAAUCGGAGGCACAGGAGCGCGAGAACCGGGCUCGUGCUGAUGCCCCUGCGGCCGCUCAUACCAACCCAAACCAGAUUCCAGGAAUGAGUCCCGACUUCGAUCCCGUCAAGACUGCCGGAAGAAUCUACCCCAUUUUGCAAUUCCGCGACAAGAUUGUGAAGGCCAUCAGCCGAGGUAUUGCCAAAGUUCCAGGCCUCGAGAGUCUUCUCGAACACAUCAGCGAAACCCUAACGGCAUUCAUCAUGGGCCUCCUCGCUCCCUUUAUCCGCCCCAUCAUCAAGGCUGUCUCCAAAGCACUGAAGGAUGGCUCGUCCGGUGUGAUCAGCGCCAGUGCCAGGUCUCAGCUCGAGCCCUGGGAAAACCCCCAUUGCUCUGAUCCCACACACAGUAUGCUGGCCAAGGACCACUUCACCAACAUUCUGAACUCAUGUGGCGGUCGUGUUGCUGUCACCAUUCUUCAAUACGCCGUUCCCCGUAUCCUCUAUGCAUGGGAGAAUCCGGGAGUGCCUGUCGACGAAGUUGCCAAUGACAUCCUGCGAGCCUUCCACCAUCCUGGCCUUCGCGACGACAAUAUCCAGCUUCACCGAGACAUGUUCGCGACGGUCAAGAAGUGGGCUGACGAGCACCCAAAGCGCCACCAGCUCGAGUCCAUCCUCUCCUCCGAGUCUGUCAAGAAAGGUAAGAACCACGUCCUGGAGCAGAGCCAGCAUGGCUCCAGGGCCGGCGGCCACUCCCACUCCCACGGCGCCUUCGAAGGGCUCGGCGGCCACGGCAAGGUUGCCGGCUCCCUCUGGAGCCAAGUCCGCACCCGCGACCUCGAUGCGCUGGAGGGCAGGGACGGCGACCCGACCCAUAACUACCAGUCCCACGCUUCGGCACCGCCAGGUCCUUCUUUCAACUACGGGCAGAACGCCCAGUAUCAGUCCGGCGGCUACAACGCUCCCCCUCCACAGUCUGGAAUGUACAACUCUGGAUACGGCCACGCACCACCUCCUGGCCCUCCCCCGCCUCAGCAGGGUUACGGCUCUGCUCAGGAUUACUAUGCUGCGAGUGGUCAGCCACAAUCCGGAUCCAACUGGGGCCAGUAUCAUGGGCAAUACCAGCGCCAUUGA